AAGGGAUAAACUUUAGAUUAAAGGCCGUCGAUUAUAAAGCUCAUAUUUUUUUGUUAGAUAGUUUAGAUAACAAGAGAGCUUUUCACCAAUUUUCACGUGCAGAAAACUUAUAGUUUUCGAGAUAUAAAUUUUCAAAGUUUUUAUACAAAAUGGAAUUGCAUCAUGUAAUUUAACCACGAUCACUUGAUAUUUCGAAUGUCUAAGUUGUCAUUUUACAUUGUGUUUAGUGUCUACUGUGAUGUUUGUUUUGCUAAUUGGUAAAAAAUGUGUUUUAUUUUAUUAUUUCUCAUUUCAGAAUUGUUGUUUUAUUUAUUAUGCAAAAGUAUAUUAUUUGAACAAAAAUUUUUGAUGAUAAUGAUAAAAACUCAAAUAUUAAAGUACAAAAAUUUAAUGACAUUUAAUAGUAUGUUGGUAUAACGAAACGCAAAGUGACGCCAUUUUGUUUGUAUUGUUAUUGUCGCGUAUUCAGUCAUCGUUUGUUGCUCUUGCAGUCGAGUUCGUUUUACGUACUCCUGUAAUUUGCGCAUUCAGUGACUACCAUGGCGUCCCCGAAGCCCUAUGCUUCCGUGUCUACCGAAGAGUCGAGCGAAGUGCGAGUGUCGGACUCUGAUGAGUCCCUGCUCGUUACGGGCUCCUCUUCUGGUGAAGUGUCGCCGGUUGUUAGUGCGCGAGUGUUGGACUCAAUAGAGCCGCUCGUGCAGGCAGCCCCAGUGUCGCCGGUCGUUAGUGCGCGAGUGUUGGACUCAAUAGAGCCGCUCGUGCCGGCAUCGGCAGUGAACGAACCUGCUGCUGGUCCUAGUGGGGUGGUUUUCCCUCGCGGGUCAACUCGCUCUAUUAUGGUACCAGCGAGCAGUAGUAGUAGUUCUGACGAAGAUGAUGUUGUGCCUGCGGUGCCCGCAUCCAGGCCUUCUGGAUCAUCGGGCCGAAGAGUCGGCUACUAUGCGCAGGAGAUCAGGGACAUGUGGAAUUGGAGACGUGUCUUUGAAGACUUGGGGACACACGAGCAGUGUGUCCAGUUUGCGGAGGACCGAGGCUUGGUGCCUACUUUGAAGAUGUGCACCCAGCACAAAGUCCCAAUGAAGGUGACAAAAGAGAAUGGGCAACUGGGCAGAUUUCGGUGCAGAAAGGCAGGGUGCCGCACUAAACCAGUCUCUCGAGCCAAGGGGACUUGGUUUGAGAACGCGCGCUUGGCCCUGGUCUUCAUUUUCCAGGUGAUGUACGCGUUCUCGCAGGACAUGAGUUACAACUCGACUAAAAAUGAGGUGUCUUCGAGGGACCAUGACACAGUCCUUUCGGACAGUACAAUUAAUGACUGGUUUAAUUACUGUCGCGAGGUGGUAACACAAUAUGAAAUUGACCACUACCAAAAUGCAGCAGGAAAGAUUGGCGGCCUUGACAAAGUUGUGCAGAUCGAUGAAUCAAAAUUUGGAAAACGCAAAUAUAAUAGGGGUCGCCAGAUAGAAGGACAUUGGGUCAUUGGAAUGAUCGAAGAUGGCAGUGACGACUUAAGGCUGGAGGUGUGUCCCGACAACUCAAGAACUGCGGAGGCACUGGUGCCACUAAUCCAAAAGCACGUUGAGGUAGGGUCAGUCAUACACACAGACUUUUGGAGGGCGUAUGACUGUUUGCCAGAAUAUGGCUACGUCCACAAAAAGGUAAACCAUAGUGACCCUACAAAUAAAUUUGUGGCACCAGACGGGACACAUACACAAAGAAUUGAAAGCCAAUGGCGAAAUUUAAAGAAGCGAUUUAGAUGUAAGCAAAAUAAAAAUGAUUUUGAGGACUGGAUGAUAGAGUCAGUAUGGAGGCGUAGGAUAUAUGUUAAUCAUUUAGACCCAUAUGAGGAAUUAAUUAAGGCAAUAAAGUAUGUUUUUAAAGACAAAUUGUAGUUUUAUUUUAGUUUUAGCAUUAGUUUAGUUUUAGCAUUAGUUUAGUUUUAAUUAGUAUAAUUAAUUGUGCAAUAAAUCUGAUUAUUUUCACAUAA